UACCUGCCUGUGCUAUUUAUGCUAUUUCCCUCUAAAUUGCAGCACUUUUAUAGCGCUGCAGGGCGUUAAAUUGUAAAACGGGAUGGUGAUGUAGGAGUGUCUAUGAAUGCAGCUAGGGGAAGGUUCUGCGUUUAAGUUAGGUGAUGCGUGAAUUCAGGUACUCCACUCCGUGACUUCGUCUCAGAUUAAACACUCUGCGUGCUGGUGUGUAAAGGAUCGGGGCGGGGUUGUCAAAACGGCCACCAAGUUUCAUCACUUGUUUUGGAUUGACGUAUUUCACAGCAUACCCGCAGCGGAGGGAAAGCAACCUCCCAUUAAAAGGGUGCAAAAACACACGCCCGUCGCUGUCUUCUCCGGUGCGCCGCUACGCCGAGCAGAUUCAGAAGCCCGUAGCAGCGAUCGCUCCAGCCGCCCCUGCCACCUGUUGCUGCCACCAUUGAAUUAUCGCCCUGACUGCCGGAGUGUGCAUCCAUAACCCGGGUUGCACGGCGGGGGAGCGCGUCCCGAACGCAAAGCGAAACGCAAGCCGCCCCGCCGAAGGCAUCGCCCGGUCCGGGGAAGGAGGCGCACACGUGACAGGCGGCCGGUCCCAGUUAAACGCGCUGCGCAUCAGACCGCACAUUCCGAGCCCGGCGACACCGGUAAAAACAUCCGAUCACUCCCAGAACCGUACGCGAUGGAGGGCUAUGCGCUGUCCGAAGACACCCUCAUUCCCUCCUGUCUUCAAAACUUCACCGGGGAAAAUGCGCACGACCAGUGUGCGGCCUUGGUUGGGGAAGACCAGCCCCUCUGUCCAGACCUCCCGGAGCUUGAUCUCUCAGAAUUAGAUGUCAGCGACCUGGAUGCGGAUGAUUUCCUGGGUGGACUAAAGUGGUACAGUGACCAAUCAGAAAUCAUUUCCAGUCAGUACGGCAAUGAGUCGACAAACUUCUUUGAGAAGAUAGAUGAGGAAAACGAGGCCACUCUGUUGGCCGUGCUCACGGAGACCUUGGACAGCAUCCCGGUGGACGAGGAUGGGUUGCUGUCAUUCGAGGCUCUCGCCGACGGGGACGGGGACGGGGACGACGAGCCUGCUGGGGAUGGGGAGAGCACCGGCGCACAGUGCUGCCGCUCCGCCCCUGACGAGUCUCCCCCCGCCUCAGAGGCUGAGGAGCCCUCCCUGCUGAAGAAGCUCCUUCUGGCUCCGGCAAACUCGCAGCUCAGCUACGGUCAGUACCCGGCCAAUGGUACACAGCACGGUACGGCCAGCGCCCACCGGAUCAGGCCAUCAUCUGCUGUCAGCAAGGUGGAGAGCCUGCCGAACGGUAGGCCGAAGGGACCCCCCGUGCGCCGCCCCUGUGCCGAGCUGCUCAAGUACCUCACCUCCAGCGACGACGCCCUCCAGACCAAAGCGCAGAAGAGUGACAGGGCCAAGGCCGCCGGCGCCCCCUCGUCCUCACCCUCGCCUUCAUCGUCCUCCAGCUCCUCUAUUUCAUCCUCUUCCUCUUCAUCCAAGAAGAAAUCCUCAUCCUCCUCAUCUUCAACCUCAUCCUCAUCCCAGCAGCAACAACAACAGCAGCAGCAGCAGCAGCAGCAGCAGCAGCAUCAGCACCAACCUCAGAAUCAGCAGCAGCAUCACCAGCAAGCCAAACCAACCACCCUGCCACUUCCUUUGACCCCUGAGUCUCCAAACGACCACAAAGAAUCACCGUUUGAGAACAAAACCAUUGACCGCACAUUGAGUGUGGAGCUGUCUGGUACCCCAGGUCUAACACCGCCCACGACGCCUCCUCACAAAGCUAGCCAGGAGAAUCCAUUCAAGGCUUCCAUCAAGACUAAGCUGUCGUCAUGUGGGUCCUCCGCCUUGGUGGGCACGGGGGCUCACUGCGGUGGGCCAGCUCCCUGUUUCCUGGCCGUGGGCCCGGCCCGGAAGGACCGUGAGCAUACAGAACUGUUCGCCCAGCUCAGCAGGGUGUCAGCCCCGGUUCCACCGGGUCAAGAGGAGCGCAGAGGCAAGCGGACUGCGCCACGUGUCUUCAGCGACCACGACUACUGCCAGUUCACCGGCGCCAAGCGGGGCCUUGGCCCCUGCCCAGGGACACUGGACAGCCGGCACUGGGGGUGCGGCACCUCGGUGGCUCUGCUUUCUGCCACCCCUUCCCUGGAGGGACAUCUGCAAAUGGCGUCCUCUGUUGUGCGAUCCCCGGUGCUCAACAGGGAGGCUGGGAAGCUCGAGCAGCCCCCUCGUGCCAGGCCUGCCGCGGGCGGCUGGAAACCAUUGGAGGAUAUAGAAAUCAGGGCGGAGCUCAACAAGCACUUUGGUCACCCAAAACAAGCCAUGUUCAGCGAGGAAGCCAAGGUGGCAGAGGACCAUUACUGCCAAACAGCAGGGGGUAUGAUUGUGGGUCUUCCCCUGGAAGGGGUCCUGGAGGACAGUGAGGAGGAAGGCGAGCGGCUCUUCUACCCAUGGGAGGACUCUCACCUGGGGCUGCAGUUCGAUGGUUCGCCCUCGUGUUCUCCAACCAGCUCCCCAUCGCGGAGCUCUGUCUCACCUUCCAAGGCCCAUCCGAGAUCUGCCUCCCAGUCUGGAUCCCGGUCUCGGUCACGCUCCAGCUCUGCUUCCCACGUACCUCGACGUCGCACCCCCUCCCGAUCUCCCUACUCACGCUCCCGCUCCAGGUCUCCCCAUGCCUGUCCACGGACUGGCCAAUUUGUGGACACCAGGAGCAGAAGGACCCAGAGAAGCCCCCAUGCAGAGUCGAGGUCCCAGUCCAGAUCUCCAUCUGAUCGGAAGCCCGGGUACGACAGCUAUGAGGAAUACCGGCACGAGCACCUGAGAAGACAGGAGUAUCGGCAGGACUGCGAGAGGCGGGAAUCAGAGGGAGCCGAGCAGAGGGAAAAGCGGAGGCAGAAAGCCAUCGAAGAGAGGCGUGUAGUGUACGUGGGGAGACUCCGGUCGGACAUCACGUGGACAGAGUUGAAGCGGCGCUUUGAAGUCUUUGGAGAAAUGGAAGAGUGCACCGUUAGCUUGAGAGAUGACGGGGACAACUUUGGCUUCAUAACCUACCGGUACACUUGUGAUGCCGUGGCGGCCCUUGAGAAUGGACACACUCUGCGUAAAUCAAAGGAGCCGCACUUCGAGCUCUGCUUUGGUGGACUCAAACAGUUCUGCAAAACCAAUUACACAGACUUAGACUCCCAUUGUGAAGACUUCGACCCGACCUCCGCUAAAAGCAAGUAUGACUGCAUGGAUUUCGACAGCUUGCUGCAGGAAGCCCAGAGCAGCCUGAAAAGGUAACUGGUGGCAGCCUUGUCACCAGAGGGAGAAGCAAUACCUCACGGAUGUAUCCGUCCUCGACUGCGAGGCCACUGGAAGUUUUACGCUCUUUGAAUGAAGAAGAAUAUAUAGUAUGAAUGAUAUAUAACACAAAGUUUACAUGAACUAAGCUGCUGGUAAACCGGGAAGCAAUGAUAUCAACUGGUGAAGUCAAUAAUAUGUCAUAUCAUGAUGCAGGUCUAUAGCCAGAGUAUAAUCAAAAUGCUAACUCUCUUUGUUCAAAAAAAAAAAAAAAAAGAAAUUAAAUACAUGCGGCUUGUUCAGUUCUUUUUUUUUGUUGUGUUUUUGUGGAGUUUUUAUCUACUGUUUGUAUGUGGUGUUACAUUUAGCAUUUGGGGGUGAACUCUACCUGGGGUCUUUCAGAUACCACUGUCAUCCAUUCACCAGAAAUAUAGUUGUGUAUUUGAAAAUAUGGAAUAUGUUCAGAUGAAUUACUAUUUUUAUUUUGUGUAUAUAUCUGACAAAAGUUCUUUAUUUGUUACAGCUAUGCACUGUAAAACGCAGCCUUUAUAAAAGAUGAGAUUUUCUUAAAUAAGAAUGUUGAUCUGUAGUUACUAUGAUGAAGUUGUUCUCCUACAUGAAGUUCAGAUGACGUGAUAUGAUUGUAAAAACAUAUAUUGAAUUGAGGUGAUUUUUUUUUCUCAAAGGGGAGAUGCUGAAAAUUUUUUAAAACUUUAUUUUGGUGAAAAAAAAGCAGUUGUUACAGAUGUCUAUUGCAGUUUGUAUAGUUUUAUCUGUUUUUAAAUAUUCCCCACUCAGUGUUUUCCAUGUACAACAUCUAGCAUAAAAUACAUUUUUACAUAUUUUUCUUUUCAUAAUUAAACACAUGGGCCACAAAGGUCUAUCAGUAAUUUUAAUUUGAAAAUAAUCAGCAGUCUUCACUUUCUUCAGUUUUUAUAUAUACAGGAAAUUCUUUUGUUGUUUUGUAAUUCUACUUUUUUUGGGAAACAAAGUUUUUUUGAACAACCUAGGUUUUACCUCGCUGCUGCCCCUGGAAACCAUUUAUAAAUUUAAUUUUUGUAAAUUAAAAUAUUUAUAUUCUUUUUUUUUCUCUCCACGCAAUGGGUGGUCUGCUAAUUUUAGCUAUUUAUUCUGUUAUUAAAUCGUGUUAUUGAAACGUUGGUGGAAAUAUAUGACAAAGACAUGGUGUUAUUAAAAUAGCAUUUUCUAUGAAGAAAUUAAUUAUUCAAAGUCAUCAACAGUGAAACCCUCGUCAGAUAUGCUGCUUCUGGUUAAUUUAUCUAUUACUUUUAAAACCAGUUGGCUGCAGCUUUAAACACUUUUUUUGGCUCCCAAGUUCCUUCUUUUAUAACUAAAGACAUGAAGCAAUAAAAAAAAUAUUUUACCUUAUUUUUCCAUUUUAUAUGUUAUGCUGUAUUUAUGUCUCCCCAUAUGUAAACGCCAAGCUAAGGUUUACGCCUUCAUUUUGAGGAUCUCUGUAUCUUUUUGCAAAGAUUUUUAUUAUAAUGAUGCCGUGAAUAACAGAUAAUUUAACAAUUAGAUGAAGAAUUAUUGAAGGAAAAUUAAACUUUUCUUUCUUUUUUUUUUCCCCUGACGUGUCAUUUUGCUUGUAAAGUAAUUCUCGGAUCACACGCCUUGCCCAGCUGCUCACAAAGUGUAUGUAUCGACUUCCAGUGCGUGUGCAUACUGUAAGCAUUCGUGACAGUGUAAGGAUUUACGGUGUGUGUCUGUGUGUGCAAUUUAAGAUUCGACUUUUGUAAUCUCAACAUCUUUGGAAAUCUUAGCACUUAAGUAAAACAGUAUUUCAGUGAUAAACUGUGUGAAUUGAGAAAAUAUUCAGUACUCUUCUUUGCCUGGUCCAGACAGCCCAGGAUCUUCCUGAUAAUCCGGUCAUAUCUGGUCUAUGUUCUUCGAAUCCAUCAUAUACUGUAUACUGGACCAUGCAAUGAGAAUACUAGCUUACCCCUGUUUAAAAUGCAUUGGAUUAAACCUGCGGAUCACAGAACUGUUUUUUUGAGGUAAAAUGUUGGUGCUGACAGCAUGUUUUACAUCUUCCAUUUGACAUGUACAGACGAUGCAACUCUGCACACGUUUCAUCCUUGUGCAGCUUGGUGAUGUUGUCAUGUCCCAUUUGGAGCGUGUGACUUUAAGCAUAACAUAAACAUGCUUUGUAAAUUGCCUCGAGCAGCAAUAUAAUAUAAUUUGAAUACUGCGGCGGGCAUUUGGGUAAUGUGAAGCACAGAGCAACGCCAUGUUUGUAGGCAGAGUCGUAGUUGCCCAGGAGAUCGGUGUAGAAGAGGGGCAUGGUGGGAUUUCUGUCGACUUAUCGUCUUUUCCCAUGCUGCCUUCCCGCCAACCCCUUGCCAAUGCCUUCGUGUAUCUACCUAUUGUACGACUUUCUUGUGGAUUUUAUUUCUAUGUGCGUUAUUCAUCAACCUCACCAAGCCAAUAAAGGGAUACCUGUUUUAGCUAA